GUUGCCCAUCUCCUCUUCUUUUUCCUCUUCACACCCACAGCCGCCGCCACACACCGCCCCCUCCCCCUCUUCCUCCUUUUUCCCUAUCCUUUAGUCCCAUCCCAUCUCCCAGUCCGCAAUUCAACCAGCCUCCCUCUCCAAACAAGGUCUCUCUCUCUCGCAUGGGCUUCUUUCUCAUGUGUUCUUUGGGCCCUCGUUAUGAUUGCUAGGUGUUUGUUUCAGGCUUUUGUAUAUUAGGUACAUGAGCGCUUAUACUUGUUCCCGGAGACGGUUCUUAUCCCUAUUUUUUGGACAGCAAGACCUGUCUCGAGCCUCGAUCUUGUGAAUUCGGAGGAUUAGAAGAUUCGUAAGAAAUGGCACCGGUUAGCCUUCCUCCUGGUUUCAGGUUUCAUCCAACUGACGAAGAGCUCGUUGCAUACUAUCUCAAGAGGAAGAUCAAUGGGCAAACGAUUGAGUUGGAAAUCAUCCCCGAGGUUGAUCUCUACAAAUGUGAGCCAUGGGAUUUACCAGAGAAGUCGUUUUUACCAAGCAAUGAUCUUGAGUGGUACUUCUUCAGUACCCGAGAUCGCAAGUACCCAAAUGGUUCGAGGACAAACCGUGCAACUCAAGGUGGUUACUGGAAAGCAACAGGGAAGGACCGCAAAGUAAGCUCUCAGAGGCGUGCAGUGGGCAUGAAAAAGACUCUUGUUUACUACCGAGGCCGAGCACCUCACGGCUCUCGAACUGAUUGGGUCAUGCAUGAAUACCGUCUAGAUGAAAAGGAAUGUGAAGCUGCCUUUGGUUUACAGGAUGCCUAUGCGCUAUGUCGCAUCUUCAAGAAGAGCACACCAAGUCCAAAGAUAAUAGAGCAUUACGGAUCUCCUUACGAAGAACACUCCCAGUGGAUGUCAAAUGAUCGUUCCCCUACCGUUGAUCUCUUCUCUGAUGGAAGAGGUGUGGUCUUGGAGAGCCUUUAUCCUCGAGAGACAUGCUCAUCUGAGAUGAUCCAGGGAGCAUCAUCUAAUGCAAGUGCUUCAAUUGAUACCAAGUGGAUGCAUUUUCUCAAUGAAGAGGCAUUUGCCUCCUCAACUCCAUUUCACCACCCUUCAAGCAUUUCUAAUGUGCCGUCCAAGGUAUAUUCAACCUAAUGAUCCCU